AUGAUUUUCUCUUUAAUACUACUUUUUGGUACUGUUCUACAAGUAAAUACUAUUUUGGACAAUGUUUUUUGUAAAUUACCAUCAUCUGAUGAGCUAAUCAUUCAAAAUAUUCCAACAACAUUUGAAUUAAAUGUACCUUAUACAAUUAUUCUUUCGUCGAAUGAUACAUUUUUAUUAUCUCAUGUAACACUUGAUAUCGAAUAUAUCGAUACAAUAUCAAAUAUAACUAAUGAUUCUUGUUGUCUACCAACAAACGAAUCAUCUUCAUCAUAUAUUUAUAAAACAAAAUAUAUAUUAAAAUUUGAAAAAAAUUCCACCAAAACAAAAUGUAUUCAAUUGAAACUACGUAGCUACAUAUAUUCAAUGGAAAUUAAAAUAGCUUAUUUGUGUACUAAUAAUAGUGCAGAUAAAAUAUUUGAUAAUGAUGAUAAAUAUGAUAUACAAUCUUAUAUGCGAACAAUUAAUACAACUGAAAUAGCACUGCUCGAUAAUUUCAAUUGGUUAAUUUUUGGACCACAUGUUCAAGAAAUUUGGCAUACGCAUGAAGGUAUGCGAUUAAGUCGUGAAUGUGAUGCUGCAGAAGAUGGCCGUGCAGCUAUGUUUAACAAUCCAAGAGGCAAACGAAUACUUAUUUCUCGUCCGAUUGAUGUAUCCAAUAUAUCAUUACUGUAUAUGCGUCUUGGCAGUGGAACAUGUCCACCACCAGCACCUACCGAUCCACCAUUUCAAUUGCUAAUAACAACAGAUUGUUUAAAUUAUUCAAAUUGGCUUGUAGCUUAUUCACAACAAAUUUCACCAGGGAUUGAACACGUGACUGUUCCAUUAUCAUUAACUAAUCUAACAAAUUCGUCAACUGUAUGUUUGAAAAUACAGCAAGCGGGAGAGAAAUUUGCUGGUAGUGGCUCUUGGUUUAUUGAUGAUUUAUUAAUUAUUCGAUCGCGACAACAAGCAGAAUAUUUCUUUGAGACAUUUCAAACGAUGCGAUCAACAAAUUGGUAUCGCUUAGUUGGUGGUCAAUUAAAGACAUGUGAUGGACGAAUAAGUAUGGUUUUUGAACCUCAUGCUGAUAUUCGCACAGAAAUAGGUGCUACAACUAUUGAUUUUUCUCUAUCGGGAAUAAUUGAUUAUAAUCGAGAUGUUGUUUUUCAUCUUUCAAAAAAUAUCUCAAUCGAUUGGUCGAAAUGGAAUGCUACAGGUUUUAUGGAUUUAAAUAAAACAUGUACUGAUGACGAUACUAUUACGUUCAAUGAGGAAAACUAUCGACAAUUAUGUUCGCCUAUUAUUGAACUUAGUCGAAUUGAUAGUGUUCGAUUUACACUUUCAACAGAGCCAUGUACGAAACGAAAUAAAUAUAUUUCAACACCGAGUGCAGUCAUAUUUCUUUCUGUUAUUUAUAAUGGUUCAACUGUUGCUUAUUCGAGAACAAUACGUCGAAUAUUAUUACGAGAAAUAUCGCAGCGUUAUAAAACGUUUCAUAUCCGUUUGGAUGAAUUACGUCAUAGUACAACGUCAUUUGGUCGUAUUUGUUUAUCACAAUAUCAUCAAUCAGCGGGAAAAAAUGUUGAUGUAUGGAGUGUAAGAGAUUUUACGGCUCUACCUCUAUUACAAUCGAAUAUUACACAUUACAUUCAAUUGGGUUUAAAUACACGGUGUAAUUCACAGGAACAAGCAGCAAAUGCACCAACAGGAGGCACAUCAAGUCAAACUAUUAAUGUUGAAUAUUCAUUUGAUUUCGGGAAAACUUGGCAUCUAUUAAUGAAUCCAUGCUUUCGUGAUACAGGUUGCUCACAUGAUGUACGACAUGUUUAUUCAUCGAGCAUUACACUACCAUUAUCCGGCUGGCAUCGGAUAACAUUACCUUUGCCCAUAGCAACAUUACAACAAAAGUAUAUACGUUUUCGCGUAAAUAGCGGAGCGUAUACUAUGUCGGCUUAUUCUAUAAAUAAUGUUUGGGCUAUUGAUAAAGUUUUUAUUGGAAAAUGCCCUCGAGCAUGUAGUGGACAUGGAUGGUGUCAAUAUAACUCGUGCAGAUGCGAUAUUGGAUUUCUUGGUGAAUUUUGUGAAAUAAGCAAUGGAACACUACUCAAUCGAGUUUCAUUUCUCAUGGAUAACCAUGAUAAUCAAACAGAUCUAAUGACUUAUCAAGGGGGUCGAUUCAAUUACAAAUGCGAUCUAAUCUCUCGAGGAAAAGCAUUGGUGUUUUCUAAAGCUGGUGUUCGAUUUUUACGAAUAUCACAAAUCAAUGGCAGUUCACCAAAAUUAGUUGAAUUUACACUUCGCCUUGGCAAUGCUAAUCCUCAAUGUUUUGGUACAAGUAAAAAUGAUCUUGAUCGUGAUUUAAAAUCUAUAUUAUUAUUAUCAUCGUGUUCAAAUGGUGUUCAUUGGACUAUUGUUGAUCUUUUUCGUGCAUCAGAUAUUGUUGUUCGAGAUUUUCGAACAAUGAGUCGAAUAUUAUUUGAAGAAAAAGUCGAAAGUGAAAAUUGUCUUAUUGAAUGGAGACAAAUGACUCAUAGUGGAGAGAAUCAAGAUGUUUGGGCUAUUGAUGAUAUCACUAUUCGAGAUGUAAUAUCAAAAACAUUAAUCAAAAAGAGCGUGCCUGUUAAAAAUUUUCAAUCAAAAUUAACUUAUAUUCGGCCUGGAUAUGUUCUUAAUUUUCGAUUGGAAUUUGUAAAUCGCAAAGAAUCAUCAAAAUUAUUAUUUGAUUUAGAUGAUAUUCAACUUCAAAUAAAUUCAAGUGAAAUUGAUCUUUCACAGCAUAUGGAAAUAUUUUCUUAUCAUUCAGAAAAUGCAACGUUCACAUUAAUUGUUCCGAUUCCAAAAUUAUUCUGGUAUAAAAAUGUCAUUGUUAAUUUAACGAUGAUAGCAACGAAAAAGUUUACUUUAAAUUUAAUUCAUCUUGGUGUGCAAUGUGAAAAUAAUUGUUGGCUGAAUGGCAUUUGUUUAGAAGGAAUGUGUUUAUCUGAACAACAAAAAUUAUUCAACCAGAUCACACAUUUAUCGUUUAAUGAAUACGAUCUGAUGAAAAAUAAAAUAAAUGUGGUUAACAAUGAACUACUUUUACCAUUUAUUGAUUCAACUGAUCUAUCAGCGGUACAUUUUCAAACGAUGGCAAGCACCGCAAUUAAAAAUAAUCUUCUACUGGAAUGUUCUCCGAACGGUGGUGUAAAAUGGUUUGAAAUUGGAAUAUGGACAAGAGAAAAAGAUACUUCAUUAAAAGAUCAUUAUGUACCCUUACCUUCCUCCUGCCAAGAAAAACUCGCGUUGUUUCGCUGGAAAAAUUCAUCUAUUCAAAUAUUAAAUAUAGCAUUUGUUAAGUCACAAACUCAGCAUUACUUUAUGGACGAAUUGAAAAAAAUGGAUUCAUCGAAAUGGCUUUAUCCAAUAUAUUCAGUAAAUUCUUCAGGAUUAUAUACAAAUAAAAUUCGAAAUAUUUCAAAAAACAAAAUAAUAUAUCAAGUGAUCUCAACAGCGAUCACUCUCAAACAAGAUAAUUAUGUUAUUAUGCUUGAUACGAAUUCAAAUAUGAAUCAUACACGUUUACACAUUGAUUAUUCACUGGAUAAUGUCACUUGGCAUGAAUUGAUUGAUACAAACAAUUUUGAACGACCAAUGAAUCGUUUUGGACGACAGAUUCCAACCACAAUUCGUCGGCGUUCAAUUCUCAUAAGAAUUCAAAGUGAUAGUUCAUUUAAUUUAAACCAUAUUUAUCUUGGUCCGUCGUGUCCAGCUAAUUGUUAUGGCUAUGGAAAAUGCAUUUGGAAAAGCGAACAAGCCAUUUGCCAAUGUGAUAAUAACAAAACAUCACAAGCAAAUUGCUUACGAAAUGAUUUACUCUUACCAAGUUUAUAUGAAACGUUUGAAAAUAAAAUAAACUAUUCAAUAUGGUCCAUGCCAUCUCAUGUUCAAUUGACACAUCGAUGUUAUAAUCGACUAAGCAAAACAACACCCUAUUUAUGUUUUUUACCUAAUAAUUAUACUCAACAAAGUUAUGCUAUCAUUGGUCCAUUUAAAACUCUAAAAUAUGUUAUAUUUAAAUUUGGUUUACAAUACAUUAGCUUAACGAAUUGCUCAAAUCAAAUAUUAUUUCAAUAUUCAUAUGAUAAUGGGAUUCAAUGGCAUACAAAGAAAAUUUUAGAUGAAACCAAUAAUAUUUACGAACGGUUUGAUGAUUUAUUAAUAAACAUGAAUAUUUACUUGAGAUGGAUUGAAGAAAAUGGUAAUAGAUUUUUCUUUUCUUUUUUUAACCUUUCUAAUUUUGUUUUUCGUUUUAUUAAAAACAAAACAAAAGAAGUCUCAUGUUUAAUGUGGAAUCUACGUUCAAUUAGUGUUCGAACGAAAAACGACGGAAAUCUAUGGUUUGAAAAUAAUCUACAUGUAAAAGAAACCAAUGGAAGUAAUUAUGAGGUUCAAACAUGGGAGUUUCCAUUGACUCAAUCAAGUUCAAUAAUACAAUUUGAUUUACAAAUGUUUCCGUUGAAAAACCUCAACGAUACUAAUUGGUCUCUAUUACUUGAAAUAAGUUCAAAUGUUAUGUAUGGAUGGUCAAAUUGGGUAUCUCUAAUACCUUCGUGUAAUCAAACGAUUUUAUAUUGUGAAGAUAAAAUAGCGUUGACCGGCUCUUCAUUUCUCGCUCAAUUAUAUCAGCAGCAACGAAACGUUACUAUUCCUAUACCAGAUAACUAUGUCAAUCAAGAAGUUCGUUUUCGGUGGACAACAAGUCAAGAAGAUGCACGAUUUAUGAUUAAUAAAGUUUAUGUUGGAGCUGAGUGCCCGUGGUUUUGUUCUGGUCAUGGUCUAUGCCAAUCAAAUGGAUGUCAAUGUCACCGUGGUUAUAUUCUACCAUAUUGUUCACCGGACCCUUCGAUGGUUUUACAAGGCGAAAUAUUACCAAUGCAACUCAAUGCUAAUUUAUCUAGCUGGUCAGAUGUAUGGGGACAUGAAAAAUGUUCAUCGAAUGACGAAAGAUAUGUCUUUUCGAAAACAGACACUCGUGGUUUAAUCAGUUCAGAAUUGUCUCUCGUUGGUAUAAAAUAUAUUCGUAUUGAAUUGGAUACGUGUUUUAAUCGAACGCAAACAUUUAACGAUCCAAUACAUGUUCAAAUUUCCACUAACAAUGGAAUUUUAUGGAAUAAUUUAAUAACUAUAAUCUAUCGUCGAGAGUCACCGCAGAAACCUUGGCUCAUUGAAAUACCAACCGAUGAAGCCAUGCGACUUUAUUUAGUUCGCGUUCGGCUGUUUCAACGAGUCACAACAAAAUGGACAUCGAAUUGGAUACUUAAUAAAUUUGAAAUGAUACCAGAACAAUUACCUAGACAAUUGAUUGGUGAUGGUACAUUAUCAGCAAAUAUUUGUAAUUACAAAAAUUAUAUAUUUCCUCGUGAGAUGCAUUCAACAAUCGAUAUUGAAUUAAAUGAAACACUCUUUUUAACUUUUCAAUUAGACUCGAGUCCUUGUAUGGCCGGUUCUCCAGUAACAUCGAAUCGUUCACAAUUUCACCUGGAAUUCUCCAUUGAUUAUGGUCAAACUUGGUCAUCUAUCGACCGGCCAUCAACAAUUGCUUCUAGGACGAAUGAAAUAAUCAUAAAUCAACCACUCCGGGCAAUUAAAAAUACUUUCUUCUUACCACUACAUGCCUAUCGACCUUUAUCAAAAUUUAUUCGUAUACGCUGGCUAGCGGCCAAUUCAACAAUUGCAACUCGUUGGCAGAUAACUAAUGUUACUACUCGAUCUGAAUGUAAAGUUUUAUGUGAGUUAGAUUUCUGCAAUGGAAAAUGUCGUUGUCCGGGACAAAAUAAUUGUUCAUCAUCAUUAAGAAAAGCAACGUUUUUCGAACGAUUUAAUAAUACUUCACCACUUUUAUCAGAUCUUCUUGUUUUACCACUCUUAAAUCUUGCGUCAACUAGGUUCAUCGAAUUUUAUAUUCAAAUGGAUUGCCAACCAAAUGUUCAAGUCAUCUCCUUAGAAUAUUCUCGCAAUAUGGGUUUAAGUUGGCAGCUUUUAAAAUAUGUUAUUUUAAAUGCAAAUCAAUCUAAUAUUGUGCAUGAAGAUCUAUUAGAUGAAAUGAGAUUUGAUUAUGUUCUUAUUCGAUUUGCUUUUCUAUCGAAUAAUUCAAGUUGUUUAAAAUUAGAACAGAUUAUUGUUACUGGUUCGAUUACUCUAGAAGAAGUAAUCUAUGGAAAAUUUGAUCAAUUGCAAAAUUUUAAUCCGAAUUCAUUCGUUUCAUUUGGUGAUGGAAUAUUUAAUGAAACAUAUUUGAUAUUUCCAAGAACAAAUAAAUCAAACGCGUCAGCCAAUGAAAUUAUCACUGAUGAUAUAAAUAUUUUCGAGAAUACAUUUUACAUUCAAUUAGUUAUCGCUCCACUUUUGUUUAAUCGUUGCAUAAAUGUUAAAUUUUCAUUUUCGUCUGAUUAUGGAUGUACUUGGCAAUCGAUUGAUCUGAAUGAUAUAUUACUUUUUGAUGAAAGUCACUCUGAACGAUUGAAAAUCUUUACUUGGAAAUCAACAUCGAUGAUGAUUGGAUCGAAUCAAGUUCGUUUUCGUAUUGGUUUCGACGACGAACAAAUGUCAUCCGAUGAAGAACAGCUUAUCAUAGGUAUAUCAGAACUUUACAUGGGUUCGAAUUGUAUCAAUGCAUGUAAUGGCCAUGGAAUGUGUCUUGGCAAUGGGCGAUGCCGAUGUGACACAGGUUGGACAAACAGUGACUGUGGUCUAUCAUUAAUACGUUUUCCGAAUGAAAUUAAUAUUCUUGACCAUGUUUAUUAUACAAGUUACGGUGCAGCAUACAAUGCGAAAUGUGGUACAAUUUUUAAUAGUACUUGCAAACGAGAACUUCAAACAAAUUAUAUCGAUAUAAAUCAUGAACAUACUUAUGUUCACAUUGAACUUCAUGAUCAAUGUAUGUCGAAAGCAAACAUUCGAAAAAAUGGCGAUGGCUGGAUACGUCUUCAGUAUCGUGAAAUAAAUUCACAUGAAUGGAUUACAUUACAUAUAUUUAAAGAUCAUCAGUUAAAUAUUAUAAAACUAUUACCUGUAUAUAUUCUUCAACUUCGACUCGUUCAAGAUUCUCCUAGUGGAAGUCGACCACUCUGGUCAAUAGAAAAAUUUCAUAUAUUUCAUAUUCAUUCUCAAUUACAAUGGUUUGCAUUAGAAGAUAAAAAUGCUACUCAAUGGAAUUCCACAUUUCUCACAAAAACACAUUCAACCGAUCAAAUCAUUCAUGAAAUCAAGGAUGUUUAUUUUAAUCUCGAUUAUAUUCUUCAAAUUGAAUUUAAUUGCAUUAAUUUUACAAAGAAUAUUCUUGAAUAUUCGAUCAAUCUUGGUUUAACCUGGCUGGAAAUUCCCAAUGAAGACGAAUUACAAAUUAUACCCAUUAAAUUCAAUUAUGAAAAUAACACAAUCUAUCGUCUAACUAUUCCAUUUAGUUUAUUUUCAAUUCAAAAUAAUUCUAUUCGAUUUCGAUUGAAAUUUUCAUCGAAUUGCGCAGACGAUCAUCUUAAAUACAUUCACAUAGGAAAUAAAUGUUCAAUGAAUUGUUUUGGUAACACGCGUUGUUUCAAUAACGAAUGUCAAACAACGUCUGUACAAAUUCCUUUAGUUGAUUUCCGAGAAACAUUCGAUAAAGAUUUCAAUUCUGCGAAUUGGUUACAAUUAGAAUCGUAUCAACAUUCAACAAAUAAAAUCCUAUGGACAACAACAAAUCGACAAGCUAUUACUCGACCGAUUGAUUUAAGACCUAUGCGCGCUAUUAAAUGGGCAUAUACUUUUGAAAAUGUAUCAAAAACAUGCCAUACUUCAAUAUAUUUAUUAAUAUCAACAGAUGGUACACUAACAUGGUCGAUUCUUCAUCAGUUCGAUCUACCAAUAAAGAAUCAAAUAGCAUGGAAUAAAACUGUUGAAUUAUUCGUCGAACUGGAAAAGAUUACUGCUAAACAUAAUCUGGGACAAUUUCGAUGGUUUCAACCGUUGUCGUCAACAUGUCAAAAUGUAACAUGGGGUCUUUCAAGAAUAAUAUCAGUCAAAUCAAUCAAUAGUUACUUUUUAACUGAUUAUUUCUAUACUCUCUCAUCGUCACGUUCAAAUUGGGAGUCAAUUGAUGGUGCUCUUCUCGCUCAACCUGAUCAAUGCAAUAACAAUAUACCAGCUUUGAUUUUUCACGAUGAUUCAUUUUCAGUUACCACUAUACCAAUUCUAAUACAAGAAUUCUAUGUUCUUGUUUUUCAAUUUAAUGCAAAAUGUGAUCGAAAUGGCAAUACGAAGCCAUUACAAUGUCGUAAUUUAACUAGUAUAAUUGAAUAUCGAACUGAUCUAUCAUCGAAAUGGAUACAACUUGUUGACAUGGCUGAUUUAGCUUGUCGAACGAGUUUAAUUAAUGGAGGCUAUUUUAAUCUACAUACAAUCAAAUUACCAUCGGAGACAUAUUCAAGGUAG